AUGCUACAAGAGAAAUACACGCCAGAAACACUGCAAGACAUGAAAAGAGUCCCAGCUGCACAAAUCUUGCACAGUCUUCCAUUUAGCUCUAUUUCAAAUAUUAUUUUCGUAGGACCAGAAGGGGCUGGUAAAAGAACACUUUUCUCUGCAUUUCUUAAACACACAUUUAAGAAUACGCCAUCCUUCUUUUCGUAUACUUCAGCAUACGAGGUAUCCCCGUCAAAAACAAUUGAUGUAGAAGUCUUAGAGAGCAAGGAAGUCCUAGAGAUAAAGUUAGAAGGCAUGGGAACAUACGAUAAAAAGAUCCUUCAGAAAAUUGCAACUGACAUAUCGGCAACUAAAUCUAUAAAAAACCUAAUGAAGUCGUAUGAACACGCACAGAAUCAAAAUGAAGAUGGAAAUACCCAUUCAGGCACAAAGGUUUCUCAUCCAAAAAUACUUUUUAUACCCGAUGGACAUUUACUGUCAACUGGGGCACAGAUGGCACUGCGCCGGGUUUUAGAAAAGGGUGCGUGCAAUUUUCAGCUGGUUCUACUGACGAAUACUCUCUCACACUUAAUCCCAGCAUUUAAAAGCAGGUUUCUUAUAUGCCGUGUCCCUGCACCGAGUGACCAGGAUAUUUCCGGUGUAAUUAGUCACAUAUCCACAGAAGAGAAUAUUUCCAUACCAGAGAAGACUAAACAAGAAAUUAUUAAUAGGUCCAACAGGAAUAUGCGCAAGGCCUUUUCUCUGCUGGAAUUAGCCGUGCAUAAACAACCACUUGCUGUAGCACCCUGGGAUGUGAUUAUAAUAGAAAUCAUCAGAAGCGUAGAGAGUACGCCGUCUGUUAAAGCACUGGUUGAGACCAGAGAGAAGAUUUAUAAGUUACUGAAUAAUCAAGUACCAUCAACAUACAUUUUUGAGACAAUUUUAGAGGGGCUCCUGCAGAGAGAGAAAAGGGUUGAAGUGGCUAAGUCUAUCACUGAAAUUGCCUCUAAGUACACUGCCAGGCUAUGUGCAGGCACAAAGGACAUGUUUCAUAUUGAAGCAUUUAUAGCCAAUGCAAUGAGUUUAUACGCAGAUUUAGAGUAGGCACAGAAUGCAUUAGACUAAUAAUUAUAAUAAAUACUGGAUAGUUCUGUAAUUAAGAUAUAACCCGAU